AUGGGCGCGCUGUGCCAGAAGGAGGCUGCACACGACGUCGCCGCGCCCAGCGCCCGGACGCUGCAUGUGAUCCUCGUCUACUCCAACCCGCAGGGCUAUGCGAGCCGGCGACGGCUCUUGCUACAGACGCACCGCCACCUGCUGGCGCUGCAGGCGGCGCUCCGCGGCCAUGACCAGCUCGAGAUUGCCGUGGCCCAAAUCGCGUACGAUAGCCUCGACUUUGUGAGCUUGGACGUGAUGGGGCAGUACGAUCUCAACCUGCGGACGCCGUCGGUGAAUGCGAUCUGGAGCAAAGAGAACCUCAUCAACCUCUCGGUGCGCAACAUCCUCCAGCGCACGGCCCACUGCGCCGAGUACUUUGCGUAC